AUGCACCUGAGGUUGUUUGAACUGGCUCGAGAUCAUCUGGAAGACACAGGUCAGUAUAAGGUCGUGAGUGGGAUCAUCUCUCCUGUGGGCGAUGGCUAUAAGAAGAAGGGUUUGAUUGAGGCCUCCCACCGUCUGGAAAUGGCCAGAUUGGCCACAGAGAACUCAGACUGGAUCACCCUUGGUUCCUGGGAGAGCAUGCAGCCUGAUUGGGUGGAGACGGUCGAGGUGAUUCGGCAUCACCAUGAGAAACUGCUCGAGAAACAGCAGAACUGCGAUGAGACGGACACAGUCAAACUCACCAAAAAAAGACGAAUAGAGAAUCGUUAUGAAGCUUCAUCUCAUCAGAAAAGGAGAGACGGCCCUCAGGUGAUGUUGCUGUGUGGGGCUGACGUCCUGGAGUCCUUUGGGGUCCCCAAUCUGUGGAAGCAGGAUGACAUCGAUGAGAUCGUGGGCCGCUACGGUCUGGUCUGCAUCACUCGCUCUGGCAACGAUCCGCACAAGUUCAUCCACAAGUCGGACGUGCUGUGGAAGCAUCGCAGAAACAUCCACUUGGUCCACGAGUGGGUGACCAACGACAUCUCCGCCACUCACAUGCGUCGGGCGCUUCGUCGAGGUCAGAGCGUCAGGUACCUGUUGCCAGACGCUGUGGUGAGCUACAUUCAACAGAACAACCUCUACAGUGCAGAGAGCGAGCAGAAAAACGCUGAUGUGGUUCUUGCACCGCUUCAGAGAUACUUGGAGGCGUCCUCGAGCUGA